AUCUGUCUUGACGGUGCUGUAAGGAAAAGGCGUAGCUAGUAAACAUCACAGAAAGCCGAAAACACAAAGUGGAUCUUCAAGCCGGAAAACACCGACUUAUUGAAUAUUCUCUUCGGUUCAUGUAACUCCUGCCGGUGUCGUCUGUUGUCCUGUUACCGUCCGCGGUUGUCACAGUGACUGUCAGCGUCCACAAAAAAGGACUGUCGGGGCGUUAGCCAGCUAGCUAGCUAGCAUAGCCACCUAGCCGUAGCAGCAAUAGCCUCAGCUAGCAUUAGCAUCAGACGACAAAGAUGAUAGCGCUAAUCAACAAACUGCUGGACUGGUUCAAGGCGCUCUUCUGGAAAGAAGAGAUGGAGCUGACCCUGGUGGGGCUGCAGUACUCCGGGAAAACGACCUUCGUCAAUGUGAUAGCGUCGGGCCAGUUCAGUGAAGACAUGAUUCCUACAGUUGGGUUCAACAUGAGGAAGAUUACUAAAGGCAACGUCACCAUCAAGUUGUGGGAUAUCGGUGGUCAGCCUCGGUUCAGGAGCAUGUGGGAGCGUUAUUGUCGAGGAGUCAGUGCUAUUGUCUACAUGGUGGACGCAGCAGACCCAGAGAAGAUAGAAGCCUCCAAGAACGAACUCCACAACCUGCUGGACAAACCGCAGCUGCAGGGAAUUCCUGUUUUGGUUCUGGGCAAUAAGAGGGACCUACCAGGAGCUCUGGAUGAGAAGGAGCUCAUCGAGAGGAUGAAUCUAUCGGCCAUCCAGGACAGAGAGAUCUGCUGCUACUCCAUCUCCUGCAAGGAGAAAGACAACAUCGACAUCACUCUUCAGUGGUUGAUCCAACACUCCAGGACUAAGAGGAGUUCCUGAGAACACACACGCCCCCAACAGAACAGGCCACGCCCACCUGUCCUAACACACUCGCUUUGAUCAAAAACCCCAAAACUUUACCCCCCCCCAACCCCUCAACUGUCCCCCCUCCAUCUACCCCAUCCUUGUGUUAAUACCUUCUGACCCCCAGUUCCGCUCAGCCCUGCACCUCGGGAUGCACUGACACCUGGUUUUUGUUUUUCAUUGAAGCUCUGACUAGAACUGACUAGAAGCAGGAAGAACAUGUCACAAACCGAACCAAAGCCACCUGACGGACCCGUUCAGCCUCCGUCAGCUCAGACCUCAGUGAUUUUAAAAUCAUGACUUAUCUGGAACAAAUCACACGUUUUCUCUGAUUUCUCACCGUAAAAUUAAACACAGAACUGCUGAUAAUUCAUCAGAAAUGUGUGUUCAGUCCAAUUUUCUGAUGUUUUUCUUUAUAUUUAAAUGGUAGAGGAACACUUCCUCUUCAAAGUGCACCAUCUGUGAGGUGGGAAAAGCAAAGACGAGCAUACUGUCGUCUCUGAGAGAAAAUCAUGUGCAGCCGUGUCGGCAUGUCGCUGCCGCGGUUUGAGUAACGACAGUUUAUUAGAGGCGUUAAUGAGGUUCGGAGGCGGCGUCUUUGUUUUAGCCGAUACAAAAUGUCUUCAGUGCAGCAGCACAUGAGCAACGCAAGCUUUAAAACUCCCACACGCAUUUUUUCUAGGAAACGUAGCAAAUUUUGCUCUGAUCUUUGCAAAUUCUGUCCCUAUUUUGGCAAUUUCCGCAAUAAUCCGCAGUUUAUACUUGAUUCGCUUUUUAUUAGCGAGUUCCACGUUUCUGUCGGCGUUUUCUAUAUUGCAGAACUCAUCGGGCCCUAAUUACAGAACAGGAAAACUCCUUUAAAAAGUGACCAGGACACAAGAGACUUUCUAAAAUGUAAUUUAAAGCGGUGUGAUGGCAGACAUGAAUUAAACGACAACCGUCUGCAUGGAAAAAUGCUGCAGGAGGGAAGAAGAAGAAGAAAGUGAGUUUUUCUGAAUCAAAGCAGCGGUCACGUCAGCGCGUGAUCCUGGCAGCAGAAAGGUGGUAUCAGUGCAUCUUUACAGAUCCACACAGCAGCCCCCAGGACUGAACUCCUUUCAUGUUCUCGACAGUCAAAUUUUUGGCCAUAUUGACUUUAAUCAUCACCAUACGCUGUAAAAAGGGCAAAAACUGAUUUUCUUUUCGUUCUAAUGGACGUAAAGACACAUUUAGCAUCGUUAGCUGGAGCUCGUUUUGUGGAUCUGUACCCUUCCUCAAGUUUUCCCAUGAUCCUCCUCUCCCUUGACCCCACCUUCAUCGCCUCUUAGCCAGUAACCACAUGUCUGCCUUCGUCAUUUCCUCGCUCUCUCCUCCCCUCCUGUUGAUUUUCAUUCCUCCCUCCCCCAACAGUUCGCCCUCUCUACCUCCACAUCUUCCAUCCAUUCUUCCGUACCUCCGUUAUUUCAUGUUUAUAUAAUCCUGAGAUGCUCCCUCCCCCCUCGUCUGUUGUGAUCUCCUCCUCCUCCUCUGUAUUCCCUCUAUCCUUCCUUUCUUUUCUUAUUUUUGGAUGUUACCUUUUUUCCUCUCUUUCCUCGUCGCCAACCCCCGCCCCUCAUCGUCUCUCUCUCUCUCCUGCCGAGCGAGGGAUUAAAAACCUUUUUAUUGCACUGUUGAUUUUGGUUUUGUAAGAUAUUAAUAAUGAGAAUAAUGUUAAUAAUCUUCUUAUUGUGACAUAACCUGGUCUGGCCAGAUUUAAGGAAGUGGUACUUUAACAGGAGAAGGAGAAAUGUUGUUGUUUCUGUUCAUAUCUCUGUAAUAAGCUUUGUAUUUCUUUUAUGUUUUAUAUUGUUUUUAUUUUGUAUUGUUUUUGACUUCAUAAGUCUACUCUGGAUGUGAGCCAGAGUUCAGUGUUUUCUGCUCUGAGAUGUCUGCUGAUUGGACCAGGAGUGUCACGUGAUCAAAUGUAACCUUCACAUCAUGUCGAUGGAUGUCGCUAUAUUUCAAACAUUUGACUCGUUGAAACUCCCGCACAUUAAAUGUUUAUUUUAAAAUCGAAUGAUUUAAAAGUUUUCACCCAUUUAUUUUCCCCUUGACACAUUGUCAUGAUGCACGCCGUCAGAGUGCAUCUUGGAUUUGUUUUUUCGUGUGUCUGAGAAAACAAAACUUGGCUUCAAGCUGACGUCCUUCCUCACAGCGUCCGAGCCUCCAGAAAAUGUCCACGUCCUGUUUUUAAUCACCACAAGAUGGCAGCGUGAAUCUGGAAGUCCGUGGCUGCCAAUAUUACUUACAUUUUUUUAUGAAUUGUGCAUUUUUGUGAGUAUGAUGUGUGACAGAGUUUGAAAAUGCAAAUUACCAUCAAAACGAAAACUGUAUUCAUUGACAGUACUUUUCAGUGUAUUAAAAAAUGUCACCAUCAACAUCAUGUCCACACAAAUGGGACUGAUUUAAUUUUAAUAUUGGCAGCCACAGACUUCCACACACAGCAGUGUUUACUGUAUGUUUGUAUUAAUGCUCCACCAGAUAUGAUGGGAAUGUGGUUUAAGACCAGGACUGUGCUGACUCUGAAUGAUGCUACACAAGGAAAUCUACUCUGUCCAUUUAUAUUAUAUUUCGUCAUUUAUAUCAUCAGUUGGUGCUGAUGUAGCUGGUCUUAGUUUACCAGCAGCUUUGCGCGUGUGUCUGUGUGUGUGUGUGUGUGGUAGCAACACAUUUUGUAGCUUUUAGCUAGCUGGUGAUCGAGAUCCAAAAAAUAUGUCUGCUUGUCAGGUCAUAGUCUGGUUAUGGGCCAAAAUAUUCAAAUCUGUAAUGUAAUGAAGAGAAUUUAAGGCAACAAUCAGUGAAAACAAAAUUUAAAAAAUUUUCUCUAGAUUUUGAGUCACAAAACGUUAGCAAGUAGCAAAGAUUAUCGUUAGCGUUAUGCUCACACUACUCAUAGUGCCUGUUUGUUUCACUUGCAGUAUUUUGCUCAGCUGUGUCCUGUUGGUAUUUAUCACGUUUCUGACACAUCCUGGUCCUGACAGCAGCCAAUCAGACUGCAGAAAAGGAAGGAACGUUACCUGUCUGUAUGUUGUUUUGUACUAAGGUCAUUUUGUUAAAGAGUGGUCAGAUAGACAGAUUAAUUCUGCUAGCACACGCUCACCUGCUUUGCACUGUCGGGCCAAACGGGGUCUGUCUAGUUUCAGAUUAGGAUCAAGGAUUUUCACAGUCUGCAUUCUUGUGUUCUUGUGAAACACCAUCAGAGGCCAAGUAUUGACCCAACUCAGAGGUAUUUAGGCCAAAAUGCUCCAGAUGAUGCUAAAGAUUAUUUUCAGUAUCAAUGGUACGGCUGAAGACCAUCACAAACCCCUGUAGCCAGAGGCGACGUCUUCAGGAUCCUUGUUUUAUCCAAACAACCUAAAGAGAUUCAGUUGCUGUCAUAUGAAACCACAAAAAGACAGGAUGGUUUGUCCCUUGAAUAUGACUCAAAUGUAUCCCAGCAUGAACUUCACAUCAACCAGCAGCAAAAGCAAAGCACACAACUCAAACCCAGAACUUCUGCUAUUACAACUGUAACCACCCAGAUUUAGUUUGGGGAUGUUUGUGGCAGGAAAUGAACAGCUGAAGUUUCAAAUAUGUGGUUAAAUAAUGGAUUCACGGAUGGAUUUUUGGCGAUGUGACGAUCUGUAAAGGUGUUCAGGUGUGCUGAAGUGAACCGCCUGAGCUGAGCUGGUUAAGUCAGCUAGAACGAUGUCCUGAUGAUAGACGGAGCGUUCUCAUGAGUUAGGACUCCUGAAUUUAGUUUGCCAUGUUUUAACCCACUAGAACGACAAUUCAGACUCUGAACAGCGAGACAUCGAAUGGGGUUGGACACCUAAAAACACGAGAUGGAUCUUAAAUAAGUCAUUAGUUUUUCUCGAUGUGGCCGUUUCCACAGCAGAGCCAAACACCCGUUAGAAGCGAUGAAGCUUCAGCCCUCUUCGGCCCGACAGUGAAAAGCUGCUUAUUUCUUAAGAACGACCCAGAGCCGUCGAUCUGGAGGAGCUGUGUUAAUGAGCUGGAAGCACAGGAGGCCGAUUACCUCGGUGAUGAAACACCAGACCACAAGAAGCACAACUCACCAGUUGGACCUGUCAAGUGAUGUUGUUUAAUUCCCAGAAAAACUGAAUCUCCUUCGGCCUCAGUUUGUUCCUCAGCUGCUCCAGGUUUCAGGCUCCGGUGUUUUCCGAACCAGCGAAGGGUUGCUGUCUCCAUUCUGGUCCGCUCGAAGUUUAUUGAUCUGUUGAUCAGCCAGCACAGUGAUAAUUAGUUAUUGACGCCGUCAAGCAGACCAGAUUGCAGAGGGAAUUUCAAAGGCUCAGAUUUUUUUUGUCGUAUUUUGAAGAUAUCCAGCAGAGAGGAAUUCACAGGCGAGUGAAACAAGGAUGUUUGGUCAAAAGGGUUCAGUGUGCCUCAAACCAGUUAGUUUGAAAAUACUGAAUCAGCCUGCAAAUCACUGCACGCAGGUUUAAGACAUCCUGUUAACACUAGAAACGUCUGUGGAGCCAAAAAGUUAAAUUUUCCACAUUUCUGUGUCAUUUAAAUACAUAAAAACAGUAAUUUGGAAAGCAGAAGGACAGAUUCUGCCUGAACAGUUGAAAUGUGUUGCCACUGGGUCCACUGCAACUGACCAACUCCUGCCAGGUGUGUGUUGAAGCAGGAGGACACCUUCAGGUGAGCUCUGGCCGUUUUUUGUCCUUGUUCAUGAAGUUGAAUGUGAACCUUGACAUCCCCCCUGCAGCUGUUCUGAUCGGCUCUGGUCUCUUCUGUUUGCAUGCUGAGGGCAGGGAUUGUAUGUCUGUGGGACCUGAUGAAGUAAAUGAUGAUGUUGGUGCAACUUUAUCAUUAAAUGGCUUUAAUCCAGUGUGUCAGCCUGAGUAUUAAUGUACAGAAACGUAGUCUAAGUACACAAGAUGAAAUGUACUAAAAACAGUGCAAUAAAACAGAAGCGUCAGCAUAGUUAUGACAGGCAAUGACAGAGUGCUCACAGUACGUUUCUUACAGGUGAUACACUGGAAUAUGGUCUUUGUAAUGAAGUUUGGCCAGAGGUUUUUUUUUUAAUGGUAAAUAAUCUAGUGACGUCCUGUGAUCCUGCAAGUCCAAACUGAAACUGUACAGGAUGUGCAAUGUGUCAUGAUGAUCCUGUACGCUCGUCAGAGAUCUCUGCAGACUCUGCAGCAAAAUGAAAGAUCGGCAUCACAAAAACGUGCCGAUGCUUAGCGUCAUCACAGAUGAAACGAGCGCCAUGAAAAGUUCCAUCAGCAUGAACUUCAGACUCUUUAAUGAUUGUAGUCACUUUUAAAAAGAACAGCUCAUCCAGCCACAGUGAACAGCAGAUUGUACAGCUGAAACCUUACAAACAUGAAAGUUCAUUCAGAAUGAUCUCAAUUGCAACCUUGUUCCAGAGCUUUUGACUGUUUCUCACUGUCUUCAUCAGCCAUUGAACUGUAAAUGAGACUGAGUAAUCCAACAACAACCAAAGUUAAACUCUAUAGAUCGGUUAAAGCAGAUCGGCUGAGCAGCGCCGCGAGCUGGUCCUGACUGGACGUUUCUGGUUUUGCUGCUGAUUCUGCAGUUCUGGUGAAGAAAGUUUGUUCAUGCAGGGUGAACACGCUGAGACCGUCUGUCAGUCUGAACCUGUUUGUACAUUAUCAUUUGAUUCAGUUAUAUAUAAUGUGUUUUAAUAGAGACAUGCUUGUGUAUGAUACUAAUUAAAUACUAUGGAGAAUCAA